GUCAAAGUCCCUGAGCAAACCUCUCGGCAGCGCCAACUAUCAGGCCCUCCUGUGGACUCACAAGGCGAGCAACGCCGGAGUAGCGCCAGGCAAGGCUGCUCGUCCGGUGGCAAAGUUGUCCGGUGGUGACUCUGCGUGCGUGCUGAUCAGGGUCUGUGAAGACAGCUGAGCAGUAGGCUGUGCUGUGCCUUGUGGUGUGCGUGCGUUGUGCACCACCCCAUGGCAGCUGCAGCUGUGAGUCAUCGCGGGAUGAAGCGUCCGGUGGAUUUCUCUCAAGUUUGUGGGGAGGACGGGGACCACUGGCAUGACGAUCAUGGCGUGGGGGGUGCGGUGUCGCCGCCGUCAGGUGGGGAGGGAAGGAGGGAGGGAUGGAGAGAACGGGAGAUGGGGAAGAGACCACCUGUCGUGCGUUGCGUUGGUUGCACCUGCUGUUGUUGGUGUGCAGGAGGGAUGGACAAACGUCACCAUUCCGAUGGCGACUUGAGUGCGUGGGGUCACAUGGGGCUGCCCGUCGGCGAGCAGAUGGUCGGCGAGACCCCACGGUGUGCUGCGGGUGCGGCGUCCUCUUCACCCAGAUACGACAUGGGCUCGUCCGUCCCUCCCCCUCCCCCUCCCCCCCUUCCAUCCCUGCCCCUCAUGGCCGAUGAGGGCGGCCACGGCCACCCUACACACCCAAUGGCUGAUGCGGCUGAGGACCACGAGCUGGCCAUCCCGCCCAACAUCAUCGCUGAGGCCCUCCUGCGGUGUCUGCUGGACCACACCAAGCCGGGCAGCCCUCUGGGGAUCCAGUGGAUGCCCGCUGACACCGCCAUGGGGGCGGCCGGCGGCUGCUUUGUCGUACAGAUAGAACACGCCGACCAGCUCUAUGACGGCGGGGUCUUCAAGCCACCCACACUCGCCAGAUCAGACAUCGAGGCAUCCCUCAAACAGGUCAGCCAGUCAAGAGGCGGAUGGCGGUCUCCACGGGGCUGGAAUAGAAUAAGACGUCUUGUGUGUUUGUGCGUGGUGUGUGUGCAGGCGUUGUCGAGUCGCAAUCGGCUGUUCUCUGACGAGUCCCACUGGAUCGACCCCUCCCGUGUUGGUGUGCGCAAGGACGGGAUGCCGAUCCCCUGGCCGAUUGCGUCGCAGUGGACCCAGAUGGCCACCAACAACUACCACUCGAUGCCCCCGGCCCUUCCCAUGUCGCCCCCCCACGGCCAGCCGUGCAUCCCUCUCCCUCCCCCCGCCCCCAUGCACCACCUGCCGGUCAUGUCGCCCACCCACCUCCCCCUCCCUCCCCUCCCCAUCCCCCUGCCGAUGCUGCCCGUCCUCCAGCGGCAGCAGGGGGGCAUCGGCGGGGGCGGUGGGCCUCACCACCCACAGAUGCGCCGCAUCAUGCCGCUGGUGCCACCCAAUCACAGCAACAUGGGGCAGGGUGGGGGUGCACCCCCAUGGCCAUUCGACACACUCCCGGAACAUAUCAACAGUAAGCACAGCACCUACCUAUCAGAUCUGACACGCGUCUCGUUUGUGCAUUGCAUUGGUGCCCUCCCCUCACUUGUCUGUCUGUCUGUCUGUCUGGAUCAGAUCGUGCGUUGAGUGACGACGAGGUGGUCGAGUACGCGCGUCAGCUGCUGGACGACGCCCGCAGCCGCGAGGAGGGCCCCGGUUUGAAUGUGUCGUGGGACAAGCGGUCCAGGGCCUUCAAGCUGUCAUUGAGGGACCCGAAGUUUCGACUCUUCCGUGAGUUCCGCCCGGCGGAGAAGACCGUCAAGGGCGUCUGUGAGGCGCUGGCCAAGGCACUCAAGCUGCGGGACGAUGCCAGGGCCGGCAGGCUCACUAACCAGGCCGGAGGGCCACACAUUCACUCACCCAGAGGCAACCCAAGCAGAGGUACGUACGUACGUAUGCACGUACAAACGGCACCUACACACCACACCAUACCAGACCGACGGGAACUUGUUUGUAUGCUUGUGGGGCUUGUGGAUGUCUGCCUCUCUGUCUUGUCUUUGUGGCGCACGUAUACAUCCAUGCAGCGAUGCCGCGGAUGCCGCCAGCAGUGUGUGAGCCGCCUUCCAUGGGGCCCCCGCCCAUCCCGGUCGACGUAUCCGCAUUCGCAGACAGCACGCGGGAAGAAAUCGCCGGUGGGUCGCUCAAGCGCCCACACUACACCCCUUUCAAUGGCACACGCACCUAACCUGAAAAAAUACCUGAACCGAUGGAUGUGUUGCUUGCAGCGAAAUUUCCAGCGGCGUUUCGUCAGCUGACUCCAUCCGACCUUCGUCAGGCGGCUCAGGUGCUGUUGAACCGGCUGCGUGCGCAGUGCUCGAUGGAGGAGUGCGGCGUGGGAGAGGGCCGGAAGGGCGGGCUGGGGAUCAACCUGCAGACACAGACGACCAGUUUCGCCGUCAACAUCCAGGUGGGCGGCAAGACCCACUACGGCGGCUCCCACCACCCCCCCUCACCGACCUUUGAGGGCAUCGUCACGGCACUCAAGGCCGCCGUCGGAUCCAGAAACAACCUCACACACUCCCUCGGGUAGGUAGGGUAGGGGACACACAACACACCCAACUCAGUCAGUGCUGACAGGAGCGGCCGGGCUGGGGGCAUCGAUACAUCGCACAGUCUGUCUGACCAAAACACGUGUGUGUGUGUUUUUGUGUGUGUGUGUGUGUGUGUUCCUGUGUAGGAUGCCGGGUUUCAUCCCCAUGGUGCGUGUGGAUCAGGCGUGGAUAGCGCUGCUCGAGGACAAACAGACCGUCGACCAACAACACGACACACAGCCUCAAACAGAACGGGUCAGUGAGUGAGUGAGGCCCACACCCAGGCGGACAGGCAGAGCAGGCAGCCACUAUCAAAUCGAUGGACGAUGGAUUGAGCAGCUCAUCUGUAUGGCGGGUGGUGUGUUGUGUUGCGUGUGUCGUGUUGUGUGUGUAUGUCAGGCGGCUGGGCUGCCCCAGGCGUGACAGCCUCCUGGAUGGAUGGAUAGCUGACUGAAGCCAGUCGGGUCCGCCACCAGGGAGGGCGCAACCAAGGGGCUUGCUUGGCGUGUCAGUGUUCUGUACAAAGGGCGACGAGCGCCUACCUGCGCACGCUGGUUGGGUGGCUGGCUACUGUCUAGUGUGUGUGUGUGUGUGAGAGAGAGAGAGAGUGAACAGCUGUGUGUUUUUCAGGAUAGAUGUAUUGGUUGCUGCUGGCUGGCACACAAGUAAUACCCAACGUUUCCAUCCAACCAUCAGAUGGAUGGUGCCUAUCUAUCCUAGACAGAUCCUAUCUAUAUAGUACUAAUAUAGAGAGAGAGGGUGAUGUAUGUGUCAGUCUCGGUGAGUCACUUUUCCAAACUAGGCAAGGCAAGGCCAGCUUACUAAGUAAUUAAGCGGACGGACAAGAGGGCGAAGGCACGCAUGUAAGUGGAUGGAUGCCUUCAUGCCUGCCUGCGUGAGUGCCAGCACGUGUGAGCGGGUGUGGGGUGUGCAGGUAGGGCGAUAUAUGGGUGAGAGAGAGAUUGACGCUGACUCUGGUUUCU